AUGUUUCAAAAGCCCGUGACAACGCACAGACAUUCUACUAGUGAAUGUAAUAUGCAAGCACCAACACAUUCAGAAAGUUUAAUUAAAGACUGUUCAAUUAAUCUAUUAUUAGUACAUUCCUGCGGGCAUCCGGAUCGAUCGUUUGUACAUGGUCUCCUGAGUAUUACGUAGUUGAUUGUUUCUUUUCUAGACCCGGUCUACUGCUGGCUACCAGUCUUAUCUUUUCCAUUGUUAACUUUUUAUAAAAGCGAUGGAGCCAAGCAAUAAAUAUAUUAGUUUCAGGAACUAACGCGUACGCAUUUAUAUUCAUGCACUUUAGAUGACCUACUCCAUGUCACCUGGUCAACGCGCUUACACGUGAUGAUCCUUGAACACAUCCAUCGCCUAUAUAUGUCUACACUAAUAUCAAUUAUCUCACAACACCAUUCGUCCUGCAGCCAUUUCUCUCUCUAGCAGCCUUGGAGCUUCAGAUUGUUACUUGAUUGCGCAAAUACAAUCUAGCGCUAACUUCCAUCUCCCAUCAUACUUUCAAUUUCGACCAGUUAGCUAGCUUGCCGUUCCACAUUAUUUAAUCCAUGGAGACCAAAGCCCUUAUCCUGAUCACCGUGUCUAUGGCCAUGAUUCGGACGGCGUUCGGCACCAGCCACAUGGUGGGUGCCCCGGGCGGUUCAUGGGACCUGCAGACGAACUACUCCCAGUGGGCUUCGAGAAUCAGGUUCACCACCGGUGAUGAGCUCCAGUUCCUGUACCCCGCCACCGUGCACAACGUGGUGGAGGUGAGCAAGGCAGGGUACGACACUUGCAAUGGCUCCAGACCCAUUACAACGUUCCCAACCGGAGAUGUUGUCCCGCUCGCUGCCACCGGGACACGGUACUUCAUCUGCGGCGUUCCCGGACAUUGCAUCGCCGGUAUGAAGGUCCAGGUUGAUGUUAAGUCAAAAGUAGUACGCACAGUGCAACGGUGCCGAGGGACGGGGAAUCGGCGUCGGUGCCAGUCCAAGAUUGUAUCAAGCUCAGCCGCGGCGGGUUGCAUUGGACACUCUACGGUGGCCCGGUUUAGUGUGGCAGCUGUUGUGAUUGGCCUCAUGCUGUUUUUUUUAGAGUUAAUGAUGAUUGUGCUUCUUUGUUUCUUUCCUUUCCGAACGUGCAUGCACUUUAUGUAUUAUAAUUCAAUUUUUUCAUCAAAUGUUAUUUCAUUUAUUAUUAAUUGA